CAUCGCCCUACACCAGAAUUCUCCCAAAAUGAGCGACCCCAACCCAGUCAACCAGGAAGUGGAGACGUUUAACAAGCAGAUGCUGAAGAAGACGGACACGGAGGAGACAAACCAUCUCCCAUCUAAGGAGGAAAUUGAAGCAGAGAAGAAGGCCAUGAAGAGGAUAAAUGAAAGCAGCCUGCCAUGA